UGAAAGAUGGCAUAGCUGAUAUUAUUGUUUGCAGAUAUUCCAGAAGCCACUCACAUGAGUUCCAGACCUAGCUCCUUCAGGUAAAGGAUCCUAAGAACUGAAGGCAAACAGAGCUCCAGGAGUCCAAGACAGAGCCACAGACCACGAGGAUCCCUGGCCCAGGCCUUGGACUUCAUUCCAUUUUCUGACGAGUAAUAACUCAACGUUGAAAAUGUCCUUUGUGGGGGAGAACUCAGGAGUGAAAAUGGGCUCUGAAGACUGGGAAAAAGAUGAACCCCAGUGCUACUCAGAAAAAGAUGAACCCCAGUGCUACUCAGAAGACCCGGCUGGAAGCCCCCUGGAACCAGGCCCAAGCCUCCCCUCCAUGAAUUUUGCUCACACAAGUCCAAAGGUGAAGAACUUAAACCCGAAGAAAUUCAGCAUUCACGACCAGGAUCACAAAGUACUGGUCGUGGACUCUGGGAAUCUCAUAGCAGUUCCAGAUAAAAACUACAUACGCCCAGAGAUCUUCUUUGCAUUAGCCUCAUCCUUGAGCUCAGCCUCUGCGGAGAAAGGAAGUCCGAUUCUCUUGGGGGUCUCUAAAGGGGAGUUUUGUCUCUCCUGUGACAAGGAUAAAGGACAAAGUCAUCCAUCCCUUCAGCUGAAGAAGAAGAAACUGAUGAAGCUGGCUGCCCUAAAGGAAUCAGCACGCCGGCCCUUCAUCUUUUAUAGGGCUCAGGUGGGCUCCCGGAACAUGCUGGAGUCGGCAGCUCACCCCGGAUGGUUCAUCUGCACCUCCUGCAAUUGUAAUGAACCUGUUGGAGUGACAGAUAAAUUUGAGAACAGGAAACACAUUGAAUUUUCAUUUCAACCAGUUUGCAAAGCCGAAAUGAGCCCCAGUGAGGUCAGCGAUUAGGAAACUGCCCCAUCAAAUGCCUUCCUUGCUAAUUCGAACUAGUUAUAUAAAACACAAAAUCUGCUCACUAA